AUGUCUGGCCGUUCUUGCAGGCAGUUACGGAUUUGGAAUACGGCCUUAAGGUACAGAGCUUCUCUCUGGAUUUGCUCUUCCGAUAGAAGAGGAAGCAGUUGCACUACACACUUAACACUCUUUUUCCCCAUAGCAAAAGUAACACAGCAGCUCCUGAAAGCCACAUUUCCGGCUGUGCUGGGGAGUCUCCACAUUUUUGAUGCGCUGGGCGUUCGUCUCAGAUGCCUCGACCCCGUUCCUGCUUCUUUUACUUUGCAUUUGCCUUUGUGGUCCUUCCCUCGCUUUUACUCCCCGCCCCUCCUGUUCCAGCGCCCCUCCUGCCCAUGCGCCUCUCCUGCCCCAGCACCCCUACUGCCCCAGCGCCAGGCCUUUUCUAGCAGCUCCCCUGGGUUCAUCUCUGCUGCAGGCAUUGCUCCACCAAGCGGCGGUGCUCCCCCUGCAGAUGCAGAGGUGGCCCCAUCCUGUGAUGUGCCACCACAUCCCUUUCAGCGAAGGGCUUUGUUGGCUGCUGUGGGCAUUCUCAUGGCCUCUCCAGGCAUGGCCUCCGCUGUAGAGACCUAUGUCACCAAGGCCAGGCCCUCCCAUGGGGCUCCAUCCAACAACCAUUCUGCCUCAGGGUAAGAGGCCCAGCCCUCUCAGCCUGAG